ACCUCAUGAAUAUUAAUGACGCUGGACGCUCUAGGACCGUUAUCAUGCAGUCAGAUGGAGAAACGUAAGCAUAUAUUUCCAUAUUCAUCAGCGUCAUCGUGUGGCCCCGCCUACCAAUACAGAUCGGCGUGUUUCGCUGUUUUCGUUCAGCAGAUAAACAUUUAUAUGCCUCACAUAAGGAUGGAUUUUCUAUUUGUUAUCUUGUACAUCAUUCUAACAGUCACCCUCCCAGUGCAUUGUGGGAAAAUCCUGGUUUUUCCUCAUGAAGGGAGUCACUGGAUUAACCUGAAUGUAUUGAUUCAGGAGCUUCAUUCCAGGGGCCAUCAGGUGACCGUGUUACGGGCACUCGACAGCUGGUACAUCGCAGAGGAUUCGCCCCAUUACGUCUCCAUAACAGUUCCUGUUUUCCUGGGAAGCGAUGACAAAUUCUACAGCAGUUUUGUGUUUAGACAACUUGAGAUUAAAAGACAGGGACAAUCUGCAUGGACCAGAUUCAAAAUGGACAUGUCUCUUAAAGAAAAGUUCUCUGAAGUGCACAAGAAGAUCUGCGAAAUGGUGAUCCACAUUAUGGAGAAGGAUCCCGUCCUGAUAAAACAGCUGAAAGAAGCCAGUUUUGACUUGAUGUUGACUGAUCCGGCUAACGGAGGAGGCGUUGUACUCGCUCACUAUCUUCAUCUUCCUCUGGUGUUUAGCGUACGCUGGACGGUCCACGGAGAGGCGCAUUUUGCAAUAGCUCCAUCCCCACUGUCUUACGUUCCCGUCCCUCUGUCUCUGUUGACGGAUCGCAUGACCUUUCUUCAGAGAACGUAUAACAUGCUGACGUACGGCAUGAGGCUCUAUCUGUACAGGAGCAUCGUCGGCCCGCAUUACAGUGCACUUUGUGCCCGGUAUUUUGACCCCGGUUUGGAUUAUUUUGAGUUAUUUCAAGCAGCCGAUAUUUGGCUGAUGACAGUGGAUUUUGUCUUCGAGUUUCCACGCCCGACCAUGCCCAAUGUUGUUUAUAUCGGCGGAUUCCCUUGCAAGCCUGCGAAAGACCUUCCGAGAGAUCUUGAGGAUUUUAUGCAAAGUUCUGGAGAAGAUGGAGUCAUCAUUAUGUCUUUAGGAACGCUGGUUGGACAGCUUCCACUUGACAUAGCAGAUGAAAUGGCGGCUGGUUUCGCUGAACUUCCACAGAAAGUCAUUAUGAGAUACACCGGAGAACGGCCAUCUACUCUAGGCAACAACACUUUGCUGGUUAACUGGUUACCGCAGAACGAUCUCCUGGGACAUCCUAAGACUAAAGUUUUUGUGUCCCACGGAGGAAUUAAUGGUAUUUAUGAAGCCAUUUACCACGGUGUUCCCAUCGUGGGGUUACCACUGGUGUUUGAUCAAGAUGAUAACCUCUCAAAAAUGAGAUAUAGAGGAGCAGCGAAGGUUUUGGACAUAGCCACAAUAAAUAGACAUAUAUUUAAAGAGGCUUUACUGGAAGUCAUAAAUGAACCGUCAUACAGGACAAACAUGCAGAAACUUUCUCGUCUCCAUAGAGACACACCAUUAAAACCGCUUGAGAGCGCCAUCUUCUGGACCGAGUUUGUCAUGACACAAGGUGCCGGUCAUUUGCGCGUCGAGGCCUAUAAAAUGCCCUGGUAUUCGUAUUAUAGUGUAGAUGUUGUUGUGUUCUUACUGUGUGUCGUUUUAUUGACAGUGUUUGUGAUGUUUAAUAUCAUCAGGUGUUUAUGCUGCAGGUGUGGAAGAGGAAAAGGAAACAGGAUUGAGUGUGAUCAGGAAAAGAUCAGGAAAUGUUUGGGUACAUUUAGUGAUAUGGUACAUUUCCUCGAUAUUCUGAAUUGUAAAAUGCUGUCAGAUGUUUUUUUUUACUUUAAUAUGUUGUACUGAAUGUAAGCUAUACAUUGUAAAAGUCAUGGGUUCAAACCAAGGGAAAACACAUACUGAUAAAAAAUCUAUACUAUGUCGCUUUGUAAUAAUUCGCUUUGGAUAAAAGAGUCUGCCAACUGCAUAAAUGUAAAUUGUUUCAUUACUAAAAAAUAAUGUUUAACCUCUUUUUUUCCCUUUUUGAGUGUGGGUGUGAAAAGUGGAUGUGCACCUUCAAAUUAAUAUAACACUGGCAUUUUUUUGGUCUAGAAGCGUAAUCUUGGCCUCAUUUUAAAGAAGACAAUUUAAGGAUUUGGAGGUGAAAAUAUUAAACACAAAUUUACAUUUAUUUUAAUAUAUAUGCAAUAACAUUCAUUUGAUAAAUAAAAUUAUAAAAGCCAUAAGUCUCAAGUAGUUGUGAUCCAAAUUUCAAGCUAAAAUCACGAAAAAGUGGUUUGUGUCACUUUUGUGGUUUUACCAACAAAGGCCACUAGGUGUCAUUAGUUUGCUGCAUACUCUUGUCACAAACUAAUAAAUUACUAGGGCUGCACGAUAAAUCCCAUGUGAAGUAGUAAAUCACCAUCACCUGCAACACAGAGCUGUAAUUUACUUACAAGCUGAGCCAUAUCGCAUACAUUAUCACAGGUGAUACAUCCACGAUUAUGAAUGCAAAAUUGCCCCGAUUAUCAGUGAACUAGGCUCUGUGUAGUAAAUGUCACUCAUUUUGAAAGCAGCUGAUGGAGAUUUACUACAAAUCAAGAAACCGGCUUUACUGACAAGAUGCACAUGACAAUCACAUGUGAUUUAUCGCGCAGCCCUAAAAAUUACUGUCACUGCGUUAUAUGGUACAAAUUCUCGUUUUCUCAAUGAAUGAAUUUGAACGAAUUACGGUAAAAUCCGGGCACAUCCAAAAGCCAGAGGGCGCUCUCGUGCAAAAACUCAAUUUGUGCCACAGAAGAAGUAUCAUUACAAAACGCUAUUCCAGGAAAUAUCUUCAGGUUGUUUCAGGUAUUUUCAUGAUA